ACAUCACGCCACUGAGGAAGCCACGCCCCCUCCCCCUGCACGCGCUCCUCUUAUGAGAUGGAUGAGAUUUGAUGCCAGGAGGAUUUUCACUGUACGCUCGCGCUCUCUCGGACCUGCACUAAACAAUACAGUUUACUGAAUUAAGAUAUUUUCUGAGUAGGUAAAAAAAGCCUAUAAAUAUACCUGUUGAGAUGUUACUGAGGAAAAGCUGGUGUUUAGUUUUGAGCUGCAUAUUGCUCGGAAUCAUCUCUCUGCCUUUAAACAAUGCUGCUACAUGUAACGAGCGGCAGUUUCAGUGUGGGAACAAGAAAUGCAUCACAAAUCGUUGGGUGUGUGAUGGGACGGACGACUGCGGGGAUGGAACCGAUGAGCUCCCUGUCACCUGCACCGAGAAGAAAUGUCUGGCGUCGGAGUUCACCUGCAGUCAAAGCCCUGUUCAGUGCGUAUCCUCCAUGUGGCGCUGUGACGGAAAGGCAGACUGUGAGAAUGGAGCGGAUGAGCUCGGCUGCGCUCUGAAGAACUGCACGGCAGACGAGUUCCGCUGUUUAGACGGCGAGUGCAUCUCUUCCUCGUUUGUCUGCGAUGAGGACUCUGAUUGUUCAGAUGGCAGCGACGAGGCCUCUUGCCCCAAGCGUACUUGUACAGCUGGCUCUUUCCAGUGCAACAACACGGUGUGCGUUCCGCAGCUGUGGGCUUGUGACGGAGACGAAGACUGCGCUGAUGGCUCAGAUGAGUGGAGUGUCCACUGCGGCCAAAAACCGACACCAAGCCCUUGUAGUGGACAGGAGUUUCAGUGCAGCAACGGCGCGUGCAUCCACAGCAUGUGGCGCUGUGACGGAGGAUUUGACUGCACUGAUCAAUCAGACGAAUCCAACUGCACUGCGGCCACUUGUCAGCUCGAUGAGUUCCGCUGUGGUGACGGUAGCUGCAUCCCUGGGAUCCGACAGUGUGACGGCGAGUUCCAUUGCAAGGACCUGAGUGAUGAAAAAGACUGUGCCAAAGUGAGUAAAUGUGAAGGUCCGGACACUUUCCAGUGCCGCAGUGGCGAGUGCAUUAGCAUCGAUAAAGUGUGCAACAAGCAGCGUGACUGUAGGGACUUGUCUGACGAGCCUAUCAAAGAGUGCAAUAUCAAUGAAUGCCUUGAAAAUAAUGGUGGCUGUUCUCACACCUGUAAUGACCUGAAGAUCGGCUACGAGUGCCUCUGCCCUACAGGCUACCGUCUGGUGGACCGCAACCGUUGUGAAGAUAUUGAUGAGUGUGCUGACCCUGACACCUGCUCCCAGGUGUGUCUGAACCUGGUGGGCAGCUUCAAGUGUGACUGUCAAGCAGGCUAUGAGAUGGACCCCAUGACUAAAGAGUGCAAAGCUGUUUCUGGUAACAUUCCUUACCUGUACUUUGCCAACCAUCAUGAGGUGAGGAAGAUGGCACUGGAUAAGAAAGAGUACACGUGUCUGAUCCCACAGCUGAAGAACGUGGUGGCACUUGACAUGGAUGUGUCCAAUGGGACAAUCUUCUGGUCUGAUCUUUUCCACAAAAAGAUCUACAGCUCUCCCAUAGACGAGGCUGCUUAUCCGGCAAACCACGUCACGUUGAUUGGCAAACAAAUCUCCUCUCCUGAUGGCUUGGCUGUUGACUGGAUUCACGGCAACAUCUACUGGACCGACAGUUUCUUUCAAAGCAUUUCUGUGGCAGCAAAGGAUGGGUCCAAGCACAAGACUCUUAUCAAAGAGGGCUUGAACAAGCCACACUCUAUUGUUGUAGAUCCAGUGCACAACUUCAUGUACUGGACCGACCGGGGAAACCCUGCCAAGAUCGAGAAAAGUGGCUUGAAUGGGGCAGACCGUACAGCUCUGGUCACUGACAACAUCGUCUGGCCCACUGGCAUCACGAUAGACUUGGUGAAUCAGCGGCUGUACUGGCUGGACGCUAAACUGCACAUGCUUUCCAGCAUCGGUGUCGAUGGUGGAUUGCGUCAUACCCUCAUCGUUGACGAGAGGCAGCUGGCUAAUCCGUUUUCGCUGGCUGUUUUUGAGGAGAAAGUGUUUUGGACAGACAUGUCCAGUCAAAGCAUCCUGAGUGCAAAUCGUCUGACUGGAAAAAACAUAACGAUAGUAUUGGAGAACCUCAUGUCUCCCAAGGACAUUGUGCUGUACCACAACCUCAAGCAGCCCAAAGGUACAAACUGGUGUGAAGAAGGGAACCAAGUGAAUGGUGGUUGUGACUAUUUGUGUCUUCCGGCUCCACAAGUGAAUCAGCAUUCCCCAAAAUAUACCUGCACCUGCCCCGAUCACAUGGUCCUCGGCCCUGAUAUGAGGAAGUGUGUAGAAGUUGUGAAGCCAGUGGCAACUACAUCUAUAGUUCCACCACCAAUUCCAGCUGAUACUACACCAAAACGGCCUGACGUACAAACCACCACCACCACCACAAUACCAGUAACUACAGGCUCCAUGACUUCCUCAGAUGCUGUUGAGUUUCAAAAGAAUGUCCCAGAAACCAAAACUGAGAUCACGGCAAAUGAAGGUUCAAUUGAUGUGCACAUUGCAGACACCAGCCCUUCACAACACUCUGUUGCUCUCUAUAUCAUCCUCCCUCUAGUGGUGUUAUGCCUGACUGCAUUUGGCGGCAUGCUGCUGUGGCGUCACUGGAGACUGAAGAACACCAACACCAUCCACUUUGAUAACCCUGUUUACCAGAAAACUACAGAGGACCAGGUGCACAUAUGCAGGAGUCAAAGCCAAGAUGGCUACGUCUACCCAGCGCAUCAGAUGUUAUGUUUGGAUGAUGAAGAGGACAGUGCGUGAUUAUUCUCACAGAAUGACACAAACAACCCCAAAGAAAGUCAAAUCUGAAGUACAAGAGAGACUCAAAGGCUAACAAGGAACUCUAGAUGAUGUUUACAUGCUUUAAGUCUCUUUUUUUGCUGCACAAAUCUGAAUGUAAAGGGGGAAAACCACAACAUGGUUGACAGAAGAAUGUCAUCACCAUGUGUACACACACACACACACACACACACACACACACACACACACAUAGAUGCUUUGAAACCAAAGCCAGCAGAUUUCCUUGCCUUUAGAAGAUGCAUGCUUAUAGCAUUAUAGUACAUCUUGCAGGCAAAAUGUAGUGCGAUAGGAAGUAAGAUUAGAAUAUGAAGAACCUCUGCAACACCCUCACCUUGAAAGAAGAUUGUAUAUUUUGGUGAAACUUUUAUGAGAAGCCCUGCAUAUGGACCACAUGAUGCAUUUGUAAAUUAUACACAGCAGAUUGCACUUACUGUAAUAAUGAAGAGCCCUUGCUUUGCUCUGACAGAAUCUAGUGCAUAUUAUUGGACGUAUAUUAAAGGAAUACUUUAGAGUUUAUCAACGUCAUGUCUUUCCACCUUAUCUGUAAAGUAUGUUUGAUUUCCAUGCACAAGAAUUUCAAUUUAUGGCAUUUGGCACUCCUGAGAAGAGAACAGAAAACCUGUUCACAUGAAACUAGACUUAUAAUGGAAUGCUAAUAAUAGAGGGGCAGUUGCUGAAUUGUAUGACUAUAUAUAAAAAAAAAAAAAUUACGGUUAAAAAAAAACCAAAAAAACAUUUAAAGCAUAAAUUUACAAAUAGCCUUGAUAAAAAAAUUCACACAUCAAACAUUUCAUAUAUAAAUAUUAAUUGACUGCUCCAACAUCUGCCUUUAGACCUUCAUUAUAAAAUAUGUUUGACAUUUUUAUCAAAGCAGGGAAACAUGUUGAAAUUCUUGUCCAUGGUAAUCACAUGUUCACUGUGGACACUUCGGAUAAGUUUAGAAGACUUUUGAGUUUGAGUAAAGCACGACUAUUCCUUUAAUGGAGGGUGUGAACAUUUUGGCAGUGCGUAAAUGUCAACGACUGCCCACAGAUGUUCUUUAAUCACUAAUGAAUGUGUGGUGUUUUUGUAUUAAUGCCAUUGCCGGGCUUUACACAAAAGUGUUACCUGCAGUUUGACGUUGAAUUUGUAAAUAAUACAGUACAUCGCUUAUAUUUCUCUAUGUGAAGAUUUACCUUUGCCUUGCACUACACGACAAACUAGACUGCAGUACGAAGAUAUCUUGCACAGUCAGAAGAGAUCUGGUAUAGAAAUGAAGUUUAUGGAGAUGAAGCAUUUUAAGCCAUGACAGACGUUUUUAACAUGAAGGUCAUUACCAUACUACCAUAACUUGCUAGACCAGACAGGUCUCCUAUUCAAAGAACUAUUCAGGGAGAAAUAAAUCAAAAACUCCAUACAGGUUUGUUUAUGCUGUGGUAUUUUUGCACUUGAAGCGAACAGUUUGUUACCUCUUGUUGAAGAAUGCAGAUCAUACAGAAGCUUUAUGAUAUAUGUUGUGAAUGAUCAACAGCAUGUUAGCUUGUGAUUUUUUUGGAUAGCUAUAUGCCUGUACGAUGCCUUAGUUCGAUAUGUGGCUUAUCUGUUUUCAAUUGAAACAUGUCUUAAGAUGAGAAGAUUUUUGUCGCCUUAAUUCUCAGGUGUCGGUACAUAAACAGAAUAACUGGCCAGAAUAAUGCAGUUAUUUUAUUUUUUUUGGGAGAUAGUUUUAAAAUGAUAUUUAAGACUGUGUAAUCAACAUCAACUCAUGUAUAUCGACUAUGCUGCUGGGUUUUUUUUGUACACUCCACAAAUUGUUCCAAUAUCUAUUUUGAAAACACUGCAGUUGUUACAGUAAAUGAAGUCAUAAGCUGAAGUGAAUGUAAAAUAUGUACAUAAUGCUUGUGUAUAUACCUUUUCUGUCAUUCAGUUGUUGUUUUUUUUAAGUUUAUAUAUUUUAAACCACAUUUUGUAAAUAAGAAAAAGUGCUUUAUUUAUUGUAUCAUAUCUAUAUAUAUUGGCAGUUUAUUUUCUAGUUUCUUGACUAUUUGUGGAAUACAAGACUAUUCUUGUCAGAAUAAAAUAUCAGUCAUACUUCAUUUAAUCUCUAAUACACUAUCAGAGGUGAUAAAGUCCAUUUUAUUUUGUGUAGAAGUUACACCAUGAGCAAAUGGACACUUCCUGUGUAGUUAUUAUCUAGAUACUGUAAAAGUACAGAUUUGAUUAUGUGGGCAUGUUACAAAUCAAACAAUGGAGGAAUGCUUUAUAAAGUUUGACUAUAAUGUGCUACUGUAAUCCAUCUGUAACAGCACACAUGUUGUAAUUCCAGUACAUUAGAAUUGCUUUGCGUUUCAUGAAGAAAUCCACAAAUAACAGUACACUGUACUGAGCCAUGUAAACUCCAGAAAUGUCAUAUUGUAUAAAUAGCAUAAUAAAUGACCUUGUAUAAAAUCA